UGCUUGCUGGGCUUGUUCUUCGCAGGCAGGGGCCACUCGCACUUCCUUCGAAGCUUACUUGCUUGCCAUGGCGGUCUGCACGUUUGCCGCGCCCGUGGGGUUUCAACCCACUGAACUGCGCAGACAGGAGGGCUCAGAAUGCGUCGGAACCUCUGCGGUCACUAAAGCUUUAUCGUUGAAACCCAGCUCUCAUUUGAGAAAUCGAAUUGGGCUACAUAGCAAUGUACGCCUUCUUAGAAGAUGCAGGGCCGAGGCGAAACCCGAUGUGGAAACCUCAAGUGCCAAUAAUUCCGUGCCAUCAUCUAAGGCACCCAUAUUUGUUAACUCUGUUUUAGAAAGACCGCCAGAUUUCGAAGGGGAUAUUGAGCAGCCAGUGCUUGUGGGUGAGGAUGCAGCUGUUUUUAAUGUGAAGUCCCAGAAGGCCACUUCAUGGAUCUACUUCUUUCUGGUUCUAGGAACUGUCCUGGCAAUUCUGUACUAUAUAUGGCUCGAUCCGAACACGGGGUACGGAGGUGCCUUUAUUGAUGCCUUAUCCUCUCUCUCUAGCAACCACGAGAUUGUCAUGCUGGCCAUUCUAGCUGUUUUUGCUUUGGUUCAUAGUGGUCUCGCCGGUCUGCGUGCGUCAGGAGAGAAGCUUGUGGGUGAAAGAGCAUAUCGAGUGUUUUUCGCAGGAAUUUCAUUGCCCUUGGCAGUCUCUGCUGUGGUAUACUUUAUCAACCAUCGUUACGAUGGUGUUCAACUGUGGCAAGUUCGCACAAUUCCUGGUGUUCACGAGGCAGUGUGGGCACUCUCCUUCAUUUCAUUCUUUUUCCUGUACCCUUCCACUUUCAACCUACUGGAAGUAGCAGCAGUAGACAAACCAAAAGUGCAUAUGUGGGAAACUGGCAUCAUGCGUAUUACUAGACAUCCACAAAUGGUGGGGCAGUUUAUCUGGUGCCUCGCGCACACCCUUUGGAUAGGGAGCUCCUUCACGUUGACGACAUCUUUUGGGUUACUAGCACACCACUUAUUCGGGGUCUGGCAUGGAGAUAGACGCUUGUCAGCAAAAUAUGGUGAAGCCUUCGAGCGAGUGAAGGAGCGGACAAGCAUCAUCCCCUUCGCGGCUAUCUUAGACGGUCGUCAGAAGUUGCCCGAGGAUUAUUACAAGGAGUUUCUUAGGGUGCCAUAUUACGUAAUAGUGGGAUUUACACUAGGUGCAUACUUCUCCCACCCUUUGAUGCAGUUAGGUAGCCACAUCCUUCACUGGUAGUUUGGGGUGCUCAGCUGCACUUGUACACGUAUCAUGCUCUUGUACAUGCUCUGCAAGAUUUUUCCAAUUCAACUGGAAAGCAAUCGGCAUAGACUGGAUUGAUGGCCAUUCUUACACCAAGCGAGGAGUAGGCUCUCUGGAUGGGCGGCUACCCUUGAGCGUAAACUUAAGGUGGAACUUCUUCAUGCUCAAGGUUGAAAAUUGUGAUACAUAGACGCGUUGCAGUUUUCUUCAUGAAAUAGUAACCAUCAUGCAGGGGCUGCAGCAACUAAUAGUCUUCAUGAGUUUUAUCGCAGCAUACUCAAAUCUAUCAUGUUUGGAAUUCUGCAUCCAACGACGCAUGAGAUGAUCGAUUUUCGGUAGUUCGUCAACUGAAGUCCCAAAUAAUCACAUUUUCUAACUGAUAUCACCUGGACCUUGUUGAAUGAAAUCACAUAUAUAAAAUCACAUAUUA